GGAACUCUCUUCUUCUCAUUUUCAAUUCCCUUUCUUCUUUUCGGCCCCCCCUCCCUCAAAAAAAAUGUCUGUUAAUGGUAAAGUAGAAGCCAAAAGAGCGUUCAUAGGUGCUGGUUGCAACAGAAUAGUGAACAACGUUUCAUGGGGUGCCUGUGAUUUGGUCUCCUAUGGUGCCCAAAACGCUGUCGCUGUUUUCUCCCCAAAGUCUGCUCAGAUUUUGACAACACUUCCUGGCCACAAUGCUUCUGUCAACUGCACACACUGGCUUCCAAGUAGCAAGUUUGCAUUCAGAGCAAAACACUUGGACCGUCAUUAUCUACUGUCUGGAGAUGCUGAUGGGGCCAUUAUUCUAUGGGAACUCUCUCUUUCUGAAAAUAAGUGGAGGCAUGUGUUACAAUUACCACAAUCUCACAAGAAGGGUGUUACAUGCAUCACCGGAUUUAUGGUUUCUGAGAGUGAUGCUAUAUUUGCAUCUUCUUCUUCUGAUGGUGCUGUUUGCAUAUGGGAUGUAGUCUUCCCUUCUUUUCCUGGAGGUGACUGCCUAUUGUCGUGUCUGGAAACUCUUUCUGUGGGCUCAAGACCUAUGGUGGCACUUUCAUUGGCAGAAUUGCCUGGAAAUGCUGGGCAUAUAACCCUGGCAAUGGGGGGAUUGGAUAACAAAAUUUAUCUUUAUUGUGGGCAGAGGACAGGCAAGUUUGUUCGUGUUUGUGAAUUAAAAGGGCAUACAGAUUGGAUCAGGAGUUUGGACUUCUCAUUACCUAUAUGCAAUAGCGGUGAAGCCAAUACUGUGCUACUUGUUAGUUCAUCUCAGGACAAAGGUAUACGUAUAUGGAAGAUCAGUCUACGAGGUUCUCUAGCUAGUGCCAAUGGUACAAGCAGGAAAAAUGAGAUUAGCUUGGCUUCUUAUAUUGAGGGCCCUGUUUUUAUAGCUGGCUCAUCCUCCUAUCAGAUAUCUCUAGAAUCUCUUCUAAUUGGGCAUGAGGAUUGGGUCUAUUCAGUGCAGUGGCAACCCCCUUUGGCAGCACCCAACACAGGGAUUGCCUUCUAUCAACCCCAAAGCAUUUUGUCUGCAGCAAUGGACAAGACAAUGAUGAUUUGGCAACCUGAGAGGAAAACUGGUAUCUGGAUGAAUGUGGUCACUGUUGGAGAACUAAGUCAUUGUGCUUUGGGGUUUUAUGGUGGCCACUGGAGCCCAUAUGGGCAGGCAAUUUUGGCUCAUGCAUAUGGCGGAUCAUUCCAUCUUUGGAGAAAUGUUGGAGUCAACUCAGAUAAUUGGCAACCACAGAAAGUCCCCUCUGGGCAUUUUGCAGCUGUGACAGAUAUUGCAUGGGCAAGGUCUGGUGAAUAUCUGUUGUCUGUCAGUCAUGAUCAGACAACUCGUAUUUUUGCUUCGUGGAAAAAUCAAGCAUCUGAUUCUGAUGGAGAUUCCUGGUAUGAAAUUGCCCGUCCUCAAGUCCAUGGCCAUGAUAUUAAUUGUGUGACAAUCAUCCUUGGAAAAGGGAACCAUCGUUUUGUGAGUGGAGCUGAGGAGAAAGUUGCCAGAGUGUUUGAGGCUCCUUUAUCUUUUCUUAAGACACUGCAUCAUGCUACUUUAGAACAAAAUAGUUUUCCUGAAGACUUUCAAGCAGACGUUCAGGUGCUGGGGGCAAAUAUGUCUGCACUUGGGCUGUCACAGAAACCUAUUUAUGUAAAUGCUACCAUUGAGACCUCAGGUAGAAAUGGAAAUGAUGACCUUGACACCCUGGAAUCCAUUCCAGAUGCAGUUCCAGUUGUGUUAACAGAACCUCCUAUUGAGGAUCAAUUGGCAUGCCAUACACUAUGGCCAGAGUCACACAAACUCUAUGGUCAUGGGAAUGAGCUAUUUUCUUUAUGCUGCAGCCAUGAGGGGAACCUUGUGGCUUCAUCAUGUAAGGCCCAGUCAGCAACAGUGGCUGAAAUAUGGUUAUGGCAAGUGGGUUCAUGGAAGGCGGUUGGUCGUUUGCAGUCUCACAGCUUAACAGUAACGCAGAUGCAAUUCUCUCAUGAUGACAAUCUUCUUUUGACUGUCUCAAGGGAUCGCCAAUUCUCCAUCUUUACAAUCAAUCAAACAGGAACAGGAGAUGUAAAUUUCAAUCUUUUAGCAAGGCAAGAAGCACACAAAAGAAUCAUAUGGGCUUGUUCUUGGAAUCCAUUUGGCCAUGAGUUUGCAACCGGUUCAAGGGACAAGACAGUGAAGAUAUGGGUUGUUGAAAAAGAAUUUUCAGUUAAGCAGAUUCAAACUUUACCACAGUUUAAUAGCAGCAUCACUGCCUUAUCUUGGAUAGGUCUUGAUUGUCAGCAAAAUCACGGGCUUCUAGCAGUUGGAAUGGAAAAUGGACUCAUUGAACUAUGGAAUCUUAGCAUCAAAAGAACCAAUGAUGGCAGCACUACACUACCAGCCUGUACUGCUGCUAUUGCUAUACAGUUUGAUUCAUUCAUCUGCCACGUUUCUGCAGUUAACCGUUUGGCCUGGAGAAACAGUGAGAAAAGUGAAAAUUGUACAAGCAUGCAGCUAGCUUCUUGUGGAGCCGAUCAUUGCGUGAGAUUGUUUGAGGUCACUGUUGGCUAAUCAGAUAAUCAUCUAUCCAUCUAUAGACAAAACUAUUUUUCAAGCCCAUACGUGUAUAAUAUGCUGAUUCUUAUAAGAUUGCCUUCCUUUUCUCUCUUUGUGGGUUUCGACAGACUUAUAUUCCCUUCGACUUUAGGCCUUAGGACAAGGACCUCCCCCACCCCCGCCCCUCCUUUUCCAUUUUCCUCUGAUGAAUGGAUGUAUUGCUUUAUGGUGGACCCCGUCAGUCCACGGAUAAAUGGUUAGCGUUUUGACUGGGGGCAACAAAGCUACCAUUUGUGAUGAAUAUCUCUUUUGCAUGUGACCCAAGUGACCACAUUUUUCCGUGUGAGAAGCAAUGUGGAGCGCAAUACAUGAUCAUUAGGUCAACUCUUCGACCGGUAUUCGAACAGGUACUAACUUAUUAACCAUAUUUUUUACAGUCAAAAAAAAUAUCUCUUUUUCUUUGACAAUCCUCUAUACUUCAAUUAAAGUAGAGGAGGCACCAACUUGCUGAGACACAUGGGAGGAGGAAGUACCUCAGUGCACAUGUAGUCACAGGUUGAAGAUAGCAUGUGGCAUAUUCUUUUUUUCCAGGUGAUGGCCUGGUCAGGGUCGUGGUUUAUGCCUUUGAAGUUUGAGAGCAUCAAAGGUUAGACCUUUAUCAUUUUUGAUUGAGAAGAGGCCAUAUGGAACAGAAGGAUUCUUCUUUCGGAGAACAAAUGUGUAACGGCAUUUCCCUGGUUCACACGCCUUGCGUUAAUACCCAACCAGUGAUUCGAGUCAUUUUCAGACAUUGCUUCCAUUGGAUGUGUGUUUUUGUCCUCUCUUCAACAAAGAAAGGUAAACACUAUAAUGAUUUGCCUUCCCUGUAUAAGCCCUUUUCUCCUGUGGCAUUCAAUAUGUAGAGAAAGGAAGCCUCCUCACUAACAAAGAUUUCAACAAUGUUAUGAUAACCUUAUUCUUAUUAACUCACUGAAAUUUUGAAAAGCUUAAUGAAAAUGAUUUAUGGUC